UUUGAAGCUAAGAAAAUUGAUUGGCAGAGUGAGAAACAGAGUUCUCGAAUUUUGGUCAUCACUACUGCGAACUUGAAGGGAAAUGCUACCGCUUGGUACAAGCUGAACAAGCGUGAGAUCAAGGACAUGCACGACCUGAUCGCCAAGUUGACAGACGAGUUCGUGCCUCCAGAUUUGCAAGAGCGUUUGGGUGAUCAACUCUACGCACUCAAGCAGAAGAAUUGUCCGAAUUUGGAGGCGUACAUCUCUCGUUUCCGUGAGGCUAUCAUGCAAGUCACGGACAUGAGUGAGUUGGACAAGAUCACUUACUUUACCCGUGGAUUAGUGAGCCCCACGCCCGAAGAAGUGCAAUACCGUCGCUGUACUACCGUUUCGCAAGCCAUGAAGAUUGCUUUGGAGUAUGAUCGAUCCCAUCACAUUCGU